UUUCUCACUGUUACACGUCGCCCACAGGGCAUCAACACCAUCAGAUCACUUCAUGCUGCACACAUGGAAGUUUCAGGCCUUGGAAGCUUCUUUAAGGGAGCCUUGGCCUCAGCAGUUGAUCCAUAUUUACAGGGUUUAGCCAAGAGGUUUGUACCUUAUCAAGAAUUGGAGCUUGUGUGGAACCAGGUGAAGAAGGGACAUGCAGCUUAUCUCCACAACAGGCAGUUCCUUGAAUUUGUCAUUGCCACACAGUUCACUAGCAGCAAAGGAGAAAGCAGCAUGAGAAUAAUGAAGGAAUGCUUUGCACCGUACAGCAUUGCCAUGGCCCUCCAGCAAAAUUCACCACUCAAGAAAAAAUUUGAUCAUGUCAUUAGUUGGAUGCUGGCAAGUGGUCUAGUACGCCAUUGGUUUCUGGAAUCCUUAAGGCUGUCUCGUAAGGUAAAGACAAAGGUCAGCAAUAAAGUUGGAAGCCAAUACAACACCACCACUUCAUUACAACUCAGUGGGAUUCAAGGGGUGAUCCCCCUUAGUACUGACCAUAUGCAAGGAGUCUUUUUCAUAUAUAUGAUUGGACAACUAAUGGCAUUCCUUGUCUUAGUGUUGGAGUGCUGCCAAUGUCAUUUCUCUAACAAAAUCUGAUGGAGCAUCUCCAGAUUUUGGCCUUCACAGUAUCCCCACUUGGUCUUAAAAUUUAGGCAUAUUGUUGUGAAAGUAAUGAUGUCUGU